AUGAGACCGCCGAAGCCGACGUCCCCAUUUGGCAUGAUCCCACCAGAGAUCGUGCUAGCGAUUGCGGAGGAUCUACCCCAGUCCUCGGUGAACAGUCUUUGUCGGGCCAGCAAACGACUCCACCAGAUCGUCAAUCCAUCAUUGUACAAAGCCGCCAUCAAAACACCUCACUUCCUCUCGGUGGCCGCGCGAGAUGGAAAGCUUGAUACCCUCAAGGUUACAGCUUCCUUCGGCGCCGACCUCAAUCGUGUCUACUGGGUUCCUGCACUUUCCUGGUCUUUACUCUGCUGGGAUGACGAUGAUUCUGACUGUUCGGGAAGUAAGGACCCCGAUUGUUCGGAUAGCGACGACUCCAACCACGGGAUUAGCGACGACUCCAACCACGGGAUUAGCGACGACUCCGACCACGGGGGUGGCGAGGACUCUAUCUUCUAUCGUUCCGGAUUCACAUCCAUCCAAGAAGCUUGGGAAUGUUCUUUACUUCCCAACAAUCGCGACAUCGGAUAUUGCUGGGCUACUCCUCUUCACUUGGCCGCUGCAGAGGGACAUUACGACAUGGUCGAGCGGCUGCUUUCACAAGGCAUUGAUCUCGAUUUGCCGGAAAAGCUGCUAUGCCCCUGCUCUUCUUUCAGCGAAAUAAUAAUAGAAGGAUCUGGGAGGUCAGUCCUCCGUUUGGGAACCUGGACCCCAUUGCACUACGCCAUCUGCCGCAGCCACCCGAGGAUUGCUCUCCUCCUUAUUGACAGUGGCGCCUCAAUGGAAGUUCGAUACCCGUCCAGCAAAGACAUCCCACGUACACACGGCAUUGACAAAUUGUUCGGUUUGGGCCCUUCCCAAUCAGAUUCUGAAAUUCGACAAAGUCUCGGUUAUCUUCUGACAUACCACCUGGGGGUCGAUCCAGACUUGGACAGGGGAAAGAAUUGCCGCGAAGUGAAUGAACUCCUCAGCGUGCAAUAUCAGCGACGAUGCCUACAAUACAACAUGUCGGCGAUCCACUGUGCUGCCUUGUCUAAUGAGCCCGAGGUUCUCUGCCACUUGGUAGCUCGUGGGAUCAGCGUCGACACAGCAGAUGGAUGUGGGGCGAAUAUCUUGCACCAUGCUGUGGAAAGUAGGAGCUUCGAAAUGAUCCGAUAUGCUCUUUCACUCCAGGCAAGUCCUUCUGCAUCAGUUUACAUCGUCGAUCGCACGCAUACCAGGUACCAUGUGGAGGGCAUUUGCCCCUGGGUGGCUCGAUUUUGCCAAAAUAGUAGUCCCAAUUAUCUUGAUGCCGUUAUCGUCAUGCUAGCCGAAUAUGGAGGUGACUCUGUGUUCUGGCAACACCCUAAUCCAUGGCAUGAGGCGGUCCUUGAUCUCGACCACGGGAACAGCCACACGGAAGGUGAAGAGGUCGAACACAAAUCCAUUCGCCCCAAGUCUAUGACCGUCAACGUCAUAUCUUACUACAUGAUCAACCCGCCCAAAGACCUUGCGACACGCGGCUGGGUCUCCCAGCUGUUGCAAGAAGCGAUCGCUACCUAUCAGCCCACCGAGGGGUUCAACGAUCUCAAGAAGGAGGUAAUGGCGUUUUUCUGGCGUGUCAUUGAUGCCAGCGAAUGUGGAGCAGGUUCUCUCGAAAUGAUCUUGCAAUCUUACGACUCCCUCGACCUUACUGAGCUAAUCGAUGGCGAAUUACCCCUGAGGAACGCCAAAACGAUGCAGUAUGAUGGCCAACUAGGCACAGCAGCACUUCACAUGGUAUUGAGAGACUACAGCAUCAAUCCGAACGUUUCUACACGUGAGAUCACGGCGAGGGACAAAGUGGUCUGGCUCCUCAAGCAUGGGGCAGACCCUAUCGACAAAUUUCAUCGCCCGGCUAAGCUCGCUGCCAUGCCAUGCUUCCUAAAUAGUCUCAGCGCCUGUGAGCCGCGAGAUUUCUCAAUUGGUUAUUUCCAGCGCCGAAAUCUGAAAGCCGUUGACCUCAAGGUUGUCUCGCGGGUCGCCGACAUGAUGCGAAUUCUUGGAGAGCAUGGGGCUUGGGAAAUGAGCGAAAGCGAGACACAGGAUGCUGUUGAAACGUAUGAUCGCAUCGUGCGGGAGGUUGAGCGCCGGAACAAAGACACUGCAAAGGUGAUGAGAGAGGUGUUUUUGCCCAGUAGGGUGUCCACACUUUGGAAAGUCAUGAUUGACUUGCACUUGGCGAAACAACAGGCGAUAAUUCGUGAGAUGUGGAAAUAA